AUGGAUUGUCUACCAGAGCGUGAUAUAGUUGUCAUGAGAAUCGACGGUUUAUCUCGUCUCACAGGUGACAAGAAUAAGGGAUAUAUGAUCAUAGCCAGAUUGGCAAAAAUGGCUGUCGAGUAUCCUCAUCUCACUGUCAAGAUAUUGAUCACUGAUGACUUGGCGAAGAGCUCCCACGAUUGA